GAGAUUAGAUUAAAUAUUUGGGUUCAUAAACAUCCAGGACUGCAGACAGCGGUCAGCGAGGGCUCGGCGGGCUGCAGGCUGCGGCUGCAUACAGGCCAGGUCUAUGCAGCACCCUGGAAGCUCCCCGAGCCAGCAGGAAGGCGCAGCGAAGAGUCCCUACCGCUCACACCACACAGCAGGACGGAAAUAUGCUAACUCUAUCCAAUCUGACACAGACGCUGGAAAAUGUCUUCAAAAGGAUUUUUAUCACUUACAUGGACAACUGGCGCAGGAACACAACAGUUGAGCAAGAGGCCCUGCAAGCCAAGGUUGAUGCCGAGAACUUCUACUACGUCAUCUUGUACCUUAUGGUGAUGAUCGGAAUGUUCUCUUUCAUCAUUGUAGCCAUCCUGGUGAGCACAGUGAAAUCCAAGAGACGAGAGCACUCCAAUGACCCGUACCACCAGUACAUCGUGGAGGACUGGCAAGGGAAGUACAGAAGUCAAAUUGUGAACCUGGAAGAAUCAAGGGCCACCAUCCAUGAGAACACAGGUGCAGCAGCGCUCACAAUGUCUCCUUGAUCAGAGCUGGAGGCAGGGAGCCAACAUCUGACAUGCAAAUAUGAAGAGACGCUGGUUCCAUGGAGUCAAUCCAAGUUGUCAUGCUUCAAAGACACUAAGUUCCUCACUCUGUGCUGAGAAUUUUCAACAAGAUCACGUAGCUGAUCAGCUAAGAGGACAUUUCAAUCUCAUGCUUCACGUUUGCUCUGUGGAGCAAUUUAUGCCAAAGACCUCUCUUCCUUUCUGUGCAAUGUCAAUGUCAUUUUAAUCAACGUCAACAGUGAAAAUAAAAACAUAUUUGAAGUAAUGUGCCUGGGCAGUGGCAGUAGAUAUAGGAAGGAGAAAUUAACAAAUCAUUGAAUAUUCUCCCUUGUGAAAUAUUAUUUUGUAUGUUUGACUGAUUUGAUUUGUAAGUAAUCUAGGUGUAUUAUUCAGAAAUGGAGGUUCAAAAAUCUAUCACUUGCUCACUAGAUUGAAGUAGGAGCAUUUAUUUAUUAAUUCAUGAAUAUAGAGUCUAAAGUGACAAAUGAACAAAACCACAGGUUUCCUUUAUGUGUAUUGCUUCCUUGGCAUUGAGCUCAUUUGGAAGUUGGAAGAUAGACCAACAUUUCAUAAGGGUAGAGUCCACACCAGAUAAAUAGAUCUUUAGGAACUACCUGGUGUAACAAAAACAUAUUUUUAAUUAACAUUUUAAGUUUUACAAAAGACUAACUUAAAAGUUCUUGUUAUUAUAGAAAAAAUAAUAAAACAUGAAAAUGCUGCCUGAUAAACCAUUCUUUUCAUUCAA